UGGGGGAAGAAGUGGAAGAGGAGGGUACAGGGUUUGUGGUGUGGGAGUGAUCUGGGUAUAGGUGGGGAGGGUGGAGGUGAUGGUGGACGAAGUCAAGAGAGAUUUUGAUUGGGGGGGAAUGGUCAAUGAUUGUGUGACGGCGGGGGUUGUUGUCUUGGGCGAGAGGGGAGGUGAGAUGACCAUGGUGGAGGUGGUGGUGGAUGAAGGCAGGGGUGUGGAUGACGUGCUACCGGAGGGAGCGAUGGAUGUUGAGGAGGAGGUAGGUGGUGCAGAUGUGGAGGCGGAGGGUGGGGGAAGAGUGAUGGAACCCGAGCUGGACGAGGGGGCUGUGGCGGUGACGACUUGGAUGGUGGGGGAGGCAUGUUGGUGUUCCAGGUACGGUCUGUACGAGUUUGUGGUGAUGUGCUAUGGCCUUUGCAAUGYGUCGGGUACAUUCCAGCACACCAUGAAUAGGAUCUUCCAUGACUACUUAGAUAAGUUCGUCGUCGUGUACCUCGACGAUAUACUUAUCUUUAGUAAGAYUGUCGAGGAGCAUGCUCAGCAUGUAGAUAAAGUCAUCUCACUCCUUCKGCAGCACAAGUAUAAGAUAAACAAAGAGAAAURGGAGUUCGGUCGCAAUCGAAUCUUGUACUUGGGUCAUGAAGUAUCCUCCGAUGGGAUUAGGCCGGAAGAUGCGAAGGUGGCUAGGAUACGUGACUGGCCACGACCUUACUCUGUGACUGAGGUCAGAUUAUUCUUGGGAAUGUGUGGUUAUUAUCACAAUUUCGUAAAGAAUUAUAGUAUGAUCGCAUCUCCCUUGACUGAUCUAACUCGACUUGACACGCCAUGGGACUGGACCGACGAGUGUGAGGCAGCAUUCAAGCGUUUGAAGCAUGCUCUCAUGGUACCCGAUCCGCAAAGGCCAUUUGUUGUAACCACUCUCGCAAGCCAAUAYGRCAUUGGCGUAGUGUUGGCUYAACAGAAAGGGAAAAAGUUGAAACCGGUCGAGUACAUGAGCAAAAAGAUGUCAUCAAAGAAGUUGGCAAAGUCCACCUACGAGAGGGAACUCUAUGCUCUCUACAAGGCACUUGYCCACUGGAGGCWCURUCUAUUAGGAAGGUUCUUCUAUUUGAGAACUGACCAUCAGACCCUCAAGUCGAUCAAGACCMAACCAGUUGUCUCCGAUGCACUCAAACGCUGGAUUGAAGUCAUAGAUCAAUAUGACUUCAAACUAAACUAUAUGAAGGGAGAGUACAACAAGGUUGGGGACGCAUUGUCUAGAAGGGCAGAUUACCUAGGUGCGCUGAUUUCCGAGUUUGGCUUAUCUGAAGACGUGACUCGAUCUUUGGGGGAAGCCUACAAGGAAGAUCCCAUCACGAUGGAUAUCAUCAAAAAACUGCAGGCCAAAGACAAGGCCACCACUGACGAGUUUGUGAUGGUGGAUGGGUUACUCUUUCUUGAAAAGGCGGGGUUUAAAAGAGCAACAUCUAAUGAUUCUAAUGAAAACAAGCUGAUGAUGAUGAUGAGAAUGACGAGAAUGAAGACAAUGAUGAUGUUGAUCAUACCAAAGAGCAGCACCAACAACCCCUAUGAUUACAAACUCAGUUUGAUGGAUGAUGAUGAUGAUGAUGAUAAUGAUGAUAGCGCUGAUGAUGGUGAUGUCGAUAAUGAUGAUGAUCAUCAUGAAGAUGAUGAUGAUGUUGAUGAUAUUGAUGACGCCUUGAUGAUGAUGAUCAUAACAAUGAUGAUGUUGAUGGUGAUGUCAGUAAUGAUGAUGAUGAUGAUGAUGAUGACGUACAGCGCCCUAUGAUGACCAUAAGAUGAUGAUGGUGUGAUGACGAGCACCUUGGAUGAUAACCUAAAGAUGAUGAUGAUGAUGAUGAUGAUGAUGAUGAUGAGCAACGUCCUAUGAUGACGUCAAGCUUUGCCAACCACGCCGUAUGAUGGAGAGAUAUUUGAUGAUGGAGAUACAACAAUGAGUGACGGGCAGCGCCCCUGAUGCAAGGCUCCUUGAUAAUAGUGAUGAUAUUAGCGCCGAGCAGGAGUAAAGACAUACGCCUUGA